UAAUUGAUUAAGCUUUUAUCUACAUGUACAUUUAUAUAAAAUAUUAAGACAAUAUAUUACCAGUUUUUGCAUCGUAUAAUUAGAAAAGUAAUUGACGAAUAUUGUAAUGCUUCCAGUAUUAAAGAGAAGUAAUAUUCAUUCCAAAGCAUUGCUAUCUAAUCUAAAAUCAAAGUACAACAGUGACAUUGUAAAACAAAAUAAAUGCUUCUCAUUGUCUACUAAAAUGGAGCAAAAGAGACAUGAUGGAAAGGUUGCAAUAGUUACGGCCAGCACAGACGGCAUAGGAUUCUCUAUAGCAAAGAGGUUAGCUCAAGAUGGGGCAAAGGUUGUUAUUAGUAGUCGUAAACAGCAGAAUGUAGACAAAGCUGUUAAAGAGCUGAAAAGUUUGAAUUUGGAUAUUUUUGGUAUUAAGUGCCAUGUAGGAAAUGCUAGUGAUAGAAAAGCUUUAUUUGAAGAAACGAUCAAACAUUACGGUAAAUUAAAUAUUCUUGUAUCAAAUGCAGCUGCAAAUCCAGCAGUUGGUGAUGUACUAGAUUGUGAUGAAGAAGUGUGGGAUAAAAUAUUUGAUAUUAAUGUAAAAUCCAGUUUUUUACUUGCUAAAGAAGCUCUUCCACAUCUAAGAAAACAACCUAAAAGUAGUAUAGUUUUUGUUUCUAGUAUUGCAGGAUACGAUCCAUUCGCUCUUCUAGGAGCAUACUCAGUUAGUAAAACAGCUCUUAUUGGUUUGACCAAAGCUGCAGCAAAAAGUUUAGCCCCAGAGAAUAUAAGAGUAAACUGUUUAGCACCAGGGAUUAUUAAAACAAAAUUUUCUAAAGCGAUGCAUGAGACAAAAAGUGCUAACGAGGCGGCCAUUUCUCAAAUACCAUUGGGACGAUUAGGUGAACCGGACGAAAUGGGUUCGGUCGUUUCUUUCUUAGUUUCCGACGAAGCAUCCUACAUUACCGGAGAAUCUAUAUUGGCUACGGGCGGAAUGAGUGCAAGAUUAUAAGAUUUUAAUUUGAAAAAAUUUUUAAAAAUAAGAAAAUGUAGACAUAUAAAAAAAUGAAAUUAUUUUGUUAACAGGUUUUUUUGCUCAUUGGGUUCAUUUAUUAUAAUGCAAACAAUAAAAUUUUUGUAUAUUAACCUA